GGUAAGCUCCGCUGUUCACUUAGAAAACAUCAUGGCGGAGGAGGGAAAACAAAAUAAUGGAUACCAGAGAAAUUCAACGCCAAUGUAGCUAAACAAAAUACAAUCUUUGGUUAUCCAGUUUGAAGUAUAUCAUAUACGUAUGCUAUGAACCCGCAUUAACACCUGACACAAGCGGCGUUUCCAGUUUUACUGUAGUUAAAGUUUUAAUCGCCUUUUGACAAUUCUGCUCUAACUCUCCGCUUCAAGCUAAAGUGCCUGAAGUUGAUUUGCUGCCAUGCCGGUGCACCGUGACCGGGAGAAGAAGGAGAGUACAGCAGAGGAGAUGGAGGUAGAAGAGCAAGAGCAGGAGGCGUCCAGCUCAGAGGAGGAGGAUUCUGACACCUCCUCUGUCUCUGAGGAUGGAGACAGCUCAGAAAUGGAUGAGGAGGACUGUGAGCGAAGGAGGAUGGAGUGUCUGGAUGAAAUGUCGAACCUGGAGAAACAGUUCACUGAUCUCAAAGACAAGCUGUAUCGGGAGCGUCUCAGUCAAGUGAACAGCAAGCUGGCAGAGGUGGAGGCCGGUCGGGCUGCAGAAUAUCUGGAGCCUCUGGCAGUACUGUUGGAGAACAUGCAGGUCCGCACCAAAGUGGCAGGAAUCUACAGAGAGUUGUGUCUGGAGUCUGUGAAGAACAAGUAUCAGUGUGAGAUCCAGGCCGCAUGCCAGCACUGGGAGAGUGAGAAGCUGCUGCUGUUUGAUACAGUACAGAGUGAACUGGAGGAGAAAAUCAGAAGACUGGAGGAGGACAGACACAGCAUAGAUAUUUCAUCAGAGCUGUGGAAUGAUGAGUUGUCAGGAAGGAAGAAGAGGAGAGAUGCUUUAAGUCCAGACAAGAAGAGGAGAAGACCAUCAGUGGUGUCUGGCCCAUAUAUUGUCUAUAUGCUACCUGACUUGGACAUCCUGGAGGAUUGGACAGCCAUCAGAAAGGCUGUGGCUACGCUGGGUCCCCACAGAGGGAAGGCCGACUCUGACAGCUCCGUGUUCCCAUUCAGACCAGAUAGAAACAGACCCAUACUAAACUGCUGAGGCGCUCACGCGCACAUACAGUCACACUUUAGGAAACGCACACAGUGGAACAUUUGUCUGAAUCUCCCCACAAUCCACUACACUGCUCAGCUAACAGCGACACCAGUCGGUAAGCUGCCUCUCGUGCCAACAGGCACACGAAACGGGCAAGAGGGACUCAUAGGUUUGAUUCCCCGUAAAGGACAAACGGGAAAAACAGUUUUUUCUACUGACAUGUCAGUUACCAGUACUUCCACUCAGAAUUGGGCUAUCGAUUUUAAUUAAAAAAAUUUUUUUUUUUUUUUUUGGUCUGUUCCAGUUUCUGUUCCCUCAGUGGAGCGAGUGGAUAGGUAAGAGAGGGUUUCCCUAUUAACAGACAGUUAUAAGCAAAUGAAGAGUUUAAUUCCAAAUAUAAUAUACCAUAUAAACCAUUAAGGAAAAAUGUGAUACCCAGAAUUCAGUCUAUACAGUUUUUUAAAGGAUUUGUGUUUUCAGCUUGUAAAAACCACUGAAGCAACCUUUAAGUAUCACUGGACACUAAAACUAACAAAAUCUGGGUUUUAUUGACUAAUGCCUUGAAUUUAAAUAGAAGGCUGAUACUCCUAGUGGCACACAAAAUGUGCCAAAAUAACUCCUGGUAUGAAAUUAGAACAUGAUUUCAGUAGUCCUUAAAUCAUGCACAUGUACAUGUAUACUACAUCAUUUCAGACAGUGUUUUUCCUCUGACCUCCAAGCAUUAGAUCACAACUGUUUUUCUUCAAAGUAUGUGUCACAUUUUGGAUUGAAAUCUUUGAAAUGAUCAGGGGCAAAUGGUUUUCAGUCCUUGUUUACAUAUCGAACAGAUCCAUCCACUUGGGUCCACCUACAAUACAUUUUUUUUAACCUACCAGUUGUUAAGGGUGCUAAUGUGUUUACACAUUAAGGGACAUUUUUGUACAACCUAGUUACCACCCCGAGCGCAUGUGACUGUUUUGUUUGUUUGUUUGUUUGUUUGUUUUUAAUGCUUCUUAGACCUAGCAAGCUCCGUCAUCUGACAUGGACGCCGUUAAACAGGCCUCGAGUCACAUGGAUUGUUUUCCCAAUCGUCUGAACAUUGCAAUCACUCGCAGUUCAAGAGCCUUUGCAAACAUUUAAAUGUGAGUUUUAUUUGGCAAUACUGGAGCAUUCAGAAGCUUUUCCUCCUUGGAGUAUUCAAAGCAGGAAGUCACAAUCAUUAUGCGCUCAUUGACAAGAUCACAGGCUCCACAUCAUUGGGUGUAAUUGUAAGCACUGAGAUUUUUAACCUUAAACGAAGCUUCCAAUGACAUAUGGGGAAAUACUAGUUCAUAUAUGAACCUUGUCCAUUGUUCCAUAAAAUAUUUUCAAAUUUUGUAUUUUUUUUUUUUGUGGAUCAGUUUAAAAGUAUUGUAUGAUACUAAUAAUUACACUUUGUUAUGAUGUUUUGAAUAAUUAGGUGAUCAUAUGACAGUUUGUACAGUCUUUUGUUGUUUCAGAGAGCAUCCAGUACUCAUCAGUGCCUAUAUCUGAAUUUGAGUUCAGUUAAAUUUCGUCGUCAUGCUCUUUUGUUUUAGUGGUACAGCUCGCAUUUCCAGGAGUUACAGUUUGGUUGCUGAGAAAAAAUCGGAUAGCAGUAAUUAAAAUGAAAUAUAGGGAAAUAAAUAUUUCAAGAUUGUGUCAGCAUAGAGACCCAGACAGAGUUACGUCAACACAUUCAGAAACAAUAAUAUUUAGAUCUGCCUGUCUAAAGCUCAAAUCCAUGGAGAUAUUAGAUUUCUACUGGGCGCUCAUUUUAAGCUUUAACGUGCCCUUUUCUAACCAGUCAAACACCACCUCGGCUGGUAAUUCAGUGGGUAGUGGCAAAAAUGUUGCAAAAAAAGAUGUGAUUUCAAUAGAUCUUAGGGCAAAACCAUAUGAAGUGUUAAUAGGAUACCUGGGCAUCUUUUUUGCCCUUUCAUAAAAAUCCCAUAAAUUUGUUAAUGUAUAAUUCUCAUCUUUUUUUAUUAACCACUGCAUCAUUGAUUGCAAUUGCAAUGUGUCAGUAAUGCAAUGACAUGCUAAGCAGGUUAACAAAAAGAUUUUAACUGAAGGCUACAUGUUACACAAUCAACAUAUGCAAAGGGUUAGGGUAAAAUACCAAGUCAAAUACCAAGGUAUCCGUCCAAAGUUGUUACUCACCAGGUAUUAUUGUAAACGUUCUCUGCUUGUUGUAUCUACCUCUUCUCUCUUUCUCUCUCUCUGUCGUGCACUUGUAAAAAAUACUCAUUCACUACUCAUGAACCUCUAAAUGCUUCCACCAUUGUGACCUUCCUUACAAGAAUUGAUUUUUCUUUUUUUCUUUUCUUUUAUAAUUCCAGUGCAUUACUGGUUAAUAUGGCUGUGAUUCGUGCAGGUCUGUCAGGACCUUUUAAAAGCCUGCAGCGAUGAUGGCUAAUUGUAUAGAGGGGGAAUGAACCAAACCGCUCCCCUGAAUCUUCAGAGAUAACCUAUUGUUCAUACAGGAUGACAAACAAACUGCCAUUUAAUAGUACCGAUUUUUAUAAGCUGUGGGUUUUGGAGUUUAAGGUGGUGGGGAUGUGAAAUACAAAACUGAUAUUUUUCGACCGUUUAUGUUAAGCAAUCUGUCGGGUACAUUUGUGUCUUCUUUGUUAAUGAUGCGGAUGGGUUUUACAA